AGACAACCGUAUCUUAUCAAAGACGCAAAAUUGCUCGCCCCCUUAUUUUAUUGUGUUAGUGUGUGAAUGACAACGUCACAUUUUCUCGUGCUCCUCGCUUUCAGUUCGCAAGCAACCGUCAAAGAGAACACUAGCAGGCAGCAAGGCAAUUGUGUUUUUAGCUGCUAAUAAAAGUAAAAGAAAGCUCUUAAGCUGCUAAUAAAAAAGAAGAAUCAAAACCUCUUAAUUUAAAACACAUCAACAAAAAUGGCAGAUUCAGGAAGCGAUAAUCCUAUCUAUGGACCCUUCUUCGGUGUUAUGGGAGCCGCCUCAGCCAUCAUUUUCAGUGCUUUGGGAGCAGCCUAUGGAACAGCUAAAUCAGGUACUGGUAUCGCGGCUAUGUCCGUCAUGAGACCAGAAUUGAUUAUGAAAUCCAUCAUUCCCGUUGUCAUGGCUGGUAUUAUUGCCAUUUACGGUUUGGUCGUAGCUGUCCUCAUUGCUGGUGCUCUGGAAGAACCCUCAAAAUACACCCUUUACAAGGGUUUCAUCCAUUUGGGUGCCGGUUUGGCUGUAGGUUUCUCAGGCUUAGCGGCAGGUUUUGCGAUCGGUAUUGUUGGUGAUGCCGGUGUCAGAGGUACAGCUCAACAACCUCGUCUCUUCGUCGGUAUGAUUUUGAUUCUUAUUUUCGCUGAAGUAUUGGGUCUGUACGGUCUCAUUGUUGCCAUUUACUUGUACACCAAAUAAAUUAAUCAACACAGCAACAAUAACAAUAAGAAAAACAACCACAACAAUAACAAAAAACAACCAUCAAGAAAACAAUCAUCUUCUUCAAUGUCAAUAUUCUGAUAAAACAAAACGCAACAACCUGUUAAAGCGACAAACAACAAUAACAACGUUAAAGUAACAGCAGCUGCAGCGCCGACAUUAACAACAUUCAUAUUGGUAGAGUCUACACCGCCGCCAACCACAGAGUCGAUGUUCUACAAUAACAAUUGACAUCGCUUCAACUCCUAUGUCAUUCUCCCAAAGUAAGCGUAGAACGUUUAUGUCGUUAUAUUGUCUAAGAAGGUAUUCAUUAAUCGUUAUUCGUUUGGAAAUCACACACAUAAUUGGAAAAAGAUUUACUAUUAGAUGUGACACAGUGUUAGUCGAGUGAAACCACAAAAAAGUAUUUGUACAAAUUAUAGCGAAAAGAAACGUUCAACCAA